AAAUAAUAUAUCAUACCUAUAGUAAAUAUAUAUAAGAAAAAAUUGUUUAACUUAAAAAAAUGGUAUAAAUGUCAUUAACAAAUAAGGCAGCACGUUACAAAGUUACCAUCAACGCAUCUUAUUCUAGAUUUCAUACUUCUACUGUGUUAAAACAUCCGUGAAUAUUGAAUGAAAAGUCAUUAUUGAAAAAAGGAACUAAAUUUUUAAUAAUGGAUAACAUACCCUACACAAAUCCUAUAGAGACAGUAAAUUUUUUACCAAUCUUUAGCUGCUUGUACGCACUCAGUGAUUUCUUAUUCAUUGAAAAAUAUUUGCCAGAAGUUGAUCAAAACAGACAAAUUCCAGUUGUUAAUGCACUUUAUGAGUAUUUAGAAGACUAUCAUGAUAAUCAAAAAAUGAAACUUAAACUAAUUAGAUAUUUGUUAAAAGGUAGUGACUUAUAUGGAGAAGAAGAAAACGAAAAUAUUGAUGUAAUUUUUGUGAAUACCAUGUUCAACUAUAUUAUAAAAUCCCUUGUUUUUGACAAAUAUACAAAUAUUUAUGGUUUCUUGGCUGAUGUUUUUCGUAAAGUAAAAAAUUUGCAAUUAGAUUUGUUUCUAAGGGAAAUAAUAAUUAUGCUUAGAAAUGCAAAAUUUGAAAACGAGUACGCCAAAUACUCCAAACUAUCUUCAUUAGCAGUAAAUAGAAUAUUUACAGAUAUCAUUUCACCGUUAUUUCCUCAACCAAAGACUAAUCUUACUCUAUUGUCACUUGAUUACAUUUAUGCACAAGCUGGAUCAAAUUUUCUUCAACCCGGUAGAAUUAAUACUGCUUAUUAUACAGAUUUUAAUUUCAAUUCAACUAUUUUAAAUCAAGAAACUUUAUUUGACGAAUACUUAAUAACAGGUUUAAUAAUACAUAAUAAUAUAUUUAAUGAAAAUAUUAGUUUUGGAUGUUUACAAGCAUUUGCUCUGCCAGCUCUUUUUCUUCAUCUUUCUCGGGAGUCUGUUGAAAAUGAAAAAAUAAAAAAUAUUAAUUUUGAUUCUGAUUACUGGAAAGCAGCUUAUGAAAAUCUUUUUUCACAUAUAGAUUCGCUUUUUAAUGAAAUAAAAAGUAAAUUAAUAAUAGACACUAAUUAUCAAUUGCACAAAUUUCUUUCAAGAUUUUACAAAGAUUUAUCAAGAAACAUUCAUUGCAAACAUUCAAGUUUAGAAGAAACAGAAUCAAUAAUUUCUAAAAAUUUAAAUAUGUCAGCAAACUUUUCAUGUAUCCAGGAAUUUUCUUUUACAACUCUAUCGGACUGGUUUAUGAAUUAUAUAAAUAAAAUUAGUGACAUAUUUGAAAAGCAUGAUUUAAAAUCAAUUCAACAAUCAUUUGAAGAACCUUUAUUAAAAUAUUUAAAAUAUGAUAAAAUUGAUAUAGAUUUAUUAGCCCCUGCUGAUUACAUCGUACAUGGUAUCUUUGAUAAUUCUACACGAUUAUCAUAUGAUUUAUUUGAAUUUUACAAUCCUGAAAAUGCAACUUCAGAUUAUUUUGCAUUAAUGCGGGAAAAAUAUACUACUAAAUUAAUUAAACUAGUUAAUGGCAAAGACUUUGAAAAAGUAAUUAAUGUUAAUAUUCAAACAUUACUAAAUCAUCGGUUUCAUCGCAUUCAUUUAAAAUCAGCUAAUCAGACUAUGGAUUUAUUUUGGCAACAAUUAAUAGCGUAUAAAAAAUUAAGAAUUGAAUCAUAUCUAAAAUUUUCUGGCACCGAUCGAACAUUAAAUAAAUGGUGGAAUGAAUUUGGAUUAACAUUGGUGCCGUUUUAUCAGUGUAAAAUAGAAAUAACAUCGGAAAAUAUUAACAAAGAAAAUUCAUGCGAAAUAAAUGAAUUUAAAUUCUUAAAUAAUUUUAAGAAAGAUAUCUCUUCAUUUAUAAUUCAAGAAAAUACAAAAUUAUUCCUUUCUUCAUUAGGAACAUCAAUUAGAACAAUUUUUAUGAAGAAUGUUGUUGAUGAGAAUUCAAAAUUUACAGAAAAAAGUAUAGAAUAUAUAUUACAAUUGCUUGAAACAAAAAAUAUUUGUAAAUUAUUUUUUGAGAAAUUAUCAUUACACAUAGAUGAACCUGAAUUUCAAAUUAAUUUCAUAACUAAUAAAUAUCUAUUAUUUUUUCAUACAAUAAUUUAUAGAUUACAAAGUAAAACUAAUUUUUCUUUUACAUCUUUUACAAACAUUCUUAAUAAUUUAUAUAUUUUGAAAUCUAAUGUUUUAAGGCAAAUAAAUGUUUUUGAUAAAAAAACAAAUCGUUAUUUGUACACAAAUACUUAUAACUCUACUCUUGACACUGGUUAUGGUUACAAAUUUAUCUAUUUAAACAAAAAUGAAAUUGCAUUUCUAAGAACAGACUAUGAGGACAAAACAAAAAAUUUUGUUCAUUUAAUACACAGUGAAUUAGAUGGCGAAAAAAUGUACUCUAUAGUUAAUAAUGACACUUUUGUAAAAAAAAAACAUUACAUAUUUGAAAUAAAUAAUCAACUACAAAAGAAUGUUAAAAAAUGUGUAUCUUUUGGAUUAUCUAUGCAUUCUUUUAAUAAAGAAAAAUGUGACAUUGAGAUAUAUUUACAAAUAUCAAUACCUUUAACAGAUUGUCCAAGACAUGCACGUCGCAUGAAAAAAUGGUGGAAUCUGCAAGAGGUUAUAAAAUUAGCCCUAGAGAAACAAGUAAAUCUUACAAAAGAGCAAAUAAUGGAAACAAUGAAGAUGUUCAUAUUUCCAGAUGAAGAUAGAAUUGAUUUACAAUUUAUGGAAACUUGGAUAAAUGAUAAAGAUUUAAAAAUACCUGAGUGGGCUGAACACUAUAGAAUAGAGAAUCCUCAACUUCUAUUAAAAUUAAGAUACGACCUACAACUAGAUGAUUCUUAUAUAUCAAACUAUAAUGGUACCAUUAGAAUUAAAUUACAUUACACAUUUCAAGAAAGAAAGAAAAUUGAAGAGAAACAAUCGCUAAUAAGUAUACUUACAGAUUUUCACGAUCAAAAUGCAUAUUAUCUUACCACAUUUGAAGAUUACUAUGCUAUAAGAAAUUUCGUGACAAAUGGAUAUAGAAAAAUAACAGGCAAUACUUAUAUGGCGAGUUUUAUGAAAAUUGCUUUAUAUAAAUUAGCAAUAAGACAAUCUGAUGAUCCAGAUGAUGAAUUUGAUUUAACAUUAUAUAGUAUUGAAGCUAAACCCAUAGACAUUAUUAAUAGCACAUUAAUUUCAAGAAAAAUAUAUAAUUUGCAGAAAUUUUCCAUGUCCUAUACAAAUUUAAUGUAUUCAAUUAAUUUAGCUACAGUUCCAUUGUCUGGUUAUAAAAAUAUUUUGUAUGAAAUGAAAUUUAGUCAAUCUUAUUUUAGAGCAAAAAUUAGUCAAUUUUAUAAAUUUAAUGAAACUAUAUCAAUUCUUUUACCAGGAACUGAAUUUUCUAUUGUAAACAUUACAGAAAUUCAACUUUUUAAUUUAGGUGAUUGUUUAAAGGUGGAACUUAUGUAUAAUCAUAAAAAUAAUGAUAAAUAUGAAUGGUACAAAAAGAUAAUGAAAGAAAUAACACGAAUUACAAAUGUAAUUAAUGAAUAAAGUGUUUUAAUUAAUGAAUUCGAGAGUUUUCAAUGAAUUUCGAUUAAUGACUUUUUUAAAUUUUGAAUUAAUUUUAUUUAUUUACAAAUAAAUUUUAGAAAUGAUGAUAUUGCAGGCGCGCGCACACUUUGACGCUUCUAAAAAAUGUUACCCAUGUAGAAAAUAAUCAUGGAAGACUGGGUGCGACAUAUUAUCUAUAAAGUUUUUGUAACGUUUAACUAGAAACGUAAAACUAUUCAGAUAUUAUCAUGAAUCUGUACAGUGAAACUAUCUAGUUUCACUGUCUAGUUAAAUUUUGACAAAACUAUCUAGAAAAGUCCUAGUUUAAACAGAAUUAACAUAACCUUUUUGCUUGUAGUUAACUGAA